UGCUACUGCUUGCUGCAAGGAAAGUGGAGAGUGAAUUUUUAUUUCAUAUAUCAAGUGUGUAAGUUAUACCUGGGAUCGAUCCAUGGAAUCAUCUGCGAUGCAUAACUAGCGCGUUACGCAUUGAACUGUUGAGACAUCAUGCGUCGUUGGAAAACUGACGAAAGUGCAACAGCAACGCGUGCAUCUAUGGACAACUGCAUUGAAACUUCAUCGACGAUUGAUGCACCACUUAUGCAUAACAACGAAAAAAGUGCAAAAAUUAUUACACCUAUCACAUAUAGUGCAGAAAAUAAUGUAAAUCUAAACCAUUGCAAUAGUUCUGUGCGGAUAAUAACAUCUCCCAUCACACCGAAAAUUGUGCCUGGCAUUGCAGCAAUAGUUCCACCACCCCCGGUACCAAUAACUCCAACACGUAGUGCAUUGAUAGUUUCUUCUACAUCAACUACUAUGGAACAACAAAAUAGAUCGACUGAAUCAACCCAAUCCUUUUUGGCACCAUCUACAUCAUCGACAAAUUCAUUUCAUUUCGAUGGCAAAGAAAACCAACGACGAAACUACACCGAACACAGUUAUGCUUCCGGAGUGUUGGGAAAAAACAAUUUUCCUUCAGCGACAGACGAUUCGGCUACAAAUUCUCGUUCUAAUAUGCAGGAAAAUCAAAUGCUAGAAAAGAUACUUAAAAAACUAGAGAAUAUUGAAGUUAAAGUAGACUGUCUAUUAGAUCACGUAUGUUGUAGUAACACAACCGUUAGACGGAUUAAUUUUGAGUUUACUCAAAUAGAUUGUUUAGAAAACUUUCAACAAUUUAAUGAUAAACUUGGACAGGAUCCAAUUUUCUACAAUAGCGGAAUUGAAUGGCUUAGCAUGAGAGUCACAGAACAAGACUUGGAUAAUCGAAUGCACGAAGCAUUAGAUCUCCUCUUCGAUCGUCAUUUUUUUAGCACAUGUAGCUGGAGUGGCAAAGGUAAGACAGACAAAAAAAUAGCACUAAAAGAGUACAGUAAUUUUAUUAAUUUUUUCAAAUCUUUUGCCGGAAAUAAGUUUCAAAUGCCAACAGAUGAUUGUGUUAAAACAUUUUUUCUAAAAAAGUUAUCCCACGGAGUAGCUAGAGCUAAGGCGCAAGGAAUUAGAAAAACAAGCUGCCACAAAAAAAGGCGCUUAUAA